AGUGGCAGUGGCUGAGACAACCCCGUUACCGGCCACCGUUCACCCGGGUAACUACGACCCUCGAUACUCAAGCUCAACAGCUCAUGGUGAAGAUUUCUCAGAGGACAUCGCGUCUUCAUCGCGUCUCUGCAGCCCCUAUUUGAAGAGGACAUUUGGCAAUAGCGAACUUUUAUUUAAGAAAACAGAUUUACACUGGAUGGCAAAGUCAGAAGAUGCUUUGUGUGUCUAAAGAGCGCAAAUUCUACCACAUCAAAGCAUAUAAGAGCGUCAGUGACAGCUUGGCACAUUCAGGAGUACCUGCGAUGAAGAAGCCCGCAAGAAGCUCCACGCGGUAAGAAGUGGAAGAGUGAUACUGAGAGCAGACAGAAGUGCGUGGAGGCCAAAGAACAAACACCAGCGAGUCCUCAAAUGAUGGGGAUAAAACACCUUCUGCUUCUUUUGAUUUACUUAGACCCACUGAAUGUCCUGUGCACCGCCACCAACAACAAAAGAAGCAAAACCCCGACAAAUAGGAAGCCAAAGGUGAAGGACCUGAACGGCAGCACCACCGCGGUCCCGCUGGCCGCGGCCGUCCCGGGGAAGAUCACCCAGGUCCAGGCUCCGACGGUGCAGCACGACACCUGCCUGGGGUACUACGACGUGAGCGGGCAGUUAGACAAAGAGUUCAGCUGCAACAACACCGACCACCGCUUCUGUUGCGGCAGCUGCUUCUUGCGCUUCUGCUGCGCGGACCGGGGGAAGCGGCUGGAGCAGAAAAUCUGCACCAACAUCAACACCCCGGACUGGAUCAAAACCCAGCCCCCCUCCCCGGCGCCAACAGGUGAUACCUACGACCCGGAGCUAGACCAGACCAACACCACGGUGUACAUCACCUGCGGGGUCGUAGCGCUCAUCAUUGCGAUUGGGAUAACUGCUAAAGUUGCCUAUGAUAAAGCCACCAAGCCCCCUCAGGAAAUGAACGUGCACAGAGCCCUGGCAGACAUUCUGAGGCAACAAGGACCAGUUCCAAUAUCUCAGUAUGAACACGAGAACAUUGCAGCGAUGGACGGGUCACCUAAAGACGAGACGCCGGUCAGAACCUCGAAGAAUCACUACACACCUGUUCACGCCAAGGCACCGAACCACGGACACUAUGGAAAAGAAAAUCUACGCAGCGGAGGCCAAGACAUGCACAACUUCAUCUCCUCUGGGUUUGUGACACUGGGACGUGGCCACUUGAAAGCGCAGCACUCCAUAGACGAAUCGGGGCAGAUGUCCUGGCAGGGCGAUAUGGACAUCCCCCUCUCCUACGGAAACCAUCACCAUGACUAUCAACACAGCCACCUGGAUUUGACUGCGCUCACACCUAAACUGGCCCACAGACAAAUGCGACACGAGAGACCACAGCGGAUGAACAACAUCCUGACCUCGGCCACCGAGCCCUACGACCUGUCCCUGUCCAGAUCCUUCCAGAACCUCAGCCAUCUGCCGCCCUCCUACGAGCUGGCCCUCAAGUCUGACUUAAGUAAAUACUCCUCCUCUCUCCACAGAUUAAGUGAUAAGGAUGUAGAUGAGUACUACACGAGGAAGCAUCAUCAUCCUGACUUUGGCGGCCGGGGACCAACCCACAUGGUGAAGCUAAACUCAGAACCCCAGCAGCACCAACAGCACCAACAGCACCAACAGCACCAACAGCAGCAACAGCACCAACAGCAGCAACAGCGGCAGCGUCCCCGCCGAGUCCAGAGGGCCAUGUCCCAGGAUCACGUCCUGUCCCCUCCCAGGACGCCACGUCGUGGGGACUAUGGCUUAUCGUCCUACGGCGUCAUGGCAGCUGCAGCAUACAGCAGCAGCCGGCACCUCUCAGAGGAGCAGCUGCUGUCAGCAGACCGCCUCCAAUCCCAGGAUCCUUUACUGUCCCCCGCUAUGAGGCGCGACAAGUUCCGGGAGAAGGCGAUGGCGCGGGCGAUGUCUCACGCCGACAUGCUGAUGCCCGUCACGCCCACCAUGGACCGCCACAAGAUGACCAAGAUGCACUCUCAACCCACUGCCUCUACCGACUCCUACAACACGCUGACGGUCAACCACCAAGCCCCGACGUCUAAAAGGCAGGCGUUUGCCUCCCGACGAACACACACCGUGGACCACCUACAGUACAUUCCCGGCCACCACCACACAUACCGCACUGCCAGCAAGAACGAAGUAACUGUUUAACCACAGAGUGGAAGGAUUCCUGAGACACAGACGUCAACAGAAAUCUUCAAAAUCAGCAAAUCUCUUGUGCAGAGGUCUUCUGAUUAAAACAACCUCCUACAUUAAAAAAACUCUUCCUGCUUUUUAGCACAAGCUUCCUGUGUCAUCAAGAAUCAACCCCAGCAAAGACAUCUCUCUCUUAGAGCAUCAUAAGGGCUUUGCGUGUUGACACAAAGAGGGAUCCUUCAUGUCAGACGUUUGACGGCCUGAAGAAAAUAUUUUUUAAACUGGACAUGGGACUGGAUAGGAAUUGUAUCAACUUUAUAAAUAUAUAAAUAUACUAUAUUUACUAUUUGUAUUUUCAGUCCUUGUUAUAGCUUUAGAGAUUCUCAUUGACUGAUGUAAGCACUUCAAGUGGUGCCUCUUGAACUUGUCCUAUUUCAGUGAAGAAGUGGAUUUAUGGGUUAAAAAGCACAAUUACUGAAUUCCCUUUUUUGUUUGAUUUAAUUUACUCUUCUUCU